ACGUAAAGAACCAUCAUUUUAUAUUUUCAAACUUUGAAUCAAGAAAAUGAGUCAAAGAAAAUGUAAUACUAUAAUCUGCAUUCACACUUUGUUGCUUCCCAUGGAAAACCCCUAAUUCAGAGAUCUACCCCUCUCCCCUCUUCUCACAGCCUUAAGAAGCACUUGGUUGGUGCUUCUGUUUAGACUGUUUCGUAAUGUGGAUAGUAACUAGGUAAAGAGGAGUACAAUGAGAUAUUAAGAUAGAAUGGGAGAUAAGAAAGUGUUGGUAAGUAGAAGAAAAAUUAGGUAUUUGGAUGAGUUGAAGUAGAAAUGGUCAAUCAACCUAAAUUGAAUUGCAAUAGAAAUUGAAAUUUAAAAGAAUGCGUGAAAUUAGUCAUCCACCAAUCUGAUCGGCACAGGAAUACAUAUCAGGCCCUCAAAAUUAUAACAUACCAAGUAUCACACAGGCUCACAUAACGGUCUAAAAAAUCUUAAUUAAUUUGAUAUUCAAUAUUGUUGGAAUUUGUAUUUUUAAUAUUUCAAAACAAUGUAAAAUUUUGUAGUUGAGUGGUUUGGUGAGAUUGUAAUUGAUUAAAUCGGUGGAAGGGUAUUCCAAUUUCCCUCAACGUAUUACCGUAACGGCUGGACUGAAUGAGUUUUAAAUUGGAGAGUCCAUGUGUCUUAAGAAUUCACCGUCUUAUGCGUUGGUUGAGUUGUAUGUUACCACAACUUCGUGUUCUAUGGACCGAUGGGGAGGGAGUAUUUGUAACUAACAUCGCUGUGUACAAUCCACAACCGACAUACCCCUCUAUUCGCUCAACAGUUUAUUUACUUGCCGUGUAUCUGGUUUUAACUCCCCUUGCAUUCAUACUUAUAUAAACCUCUCUAUAUGUAUGUACCCGUUUUUUGGUUUUUAUUUUUCCUUACUCUGCACACACUUCCUGACCUGCAGCCAUAUGAUGGCAAUUGGGAUGUUAAGGUUCGUAUGCUGAGGAUAUGACAAUUCCAUUACACAUGUUAAGAUGCCUUCAUUGACCGAAAUGUAAGUCUACUUCUGCUAUGAGUUCUCUAAUAUCUAAAUAUGUUAAAAUUUUCCUUUAGCAGAGUUAGUGCCAUGUGUCAAAUGUAUUCCUCACUCUACUCUCUGUUCGUUGUGUCUCAUUAUGAAAUGUCUAAAUCUGGGUUAUUUGCAUGUGUUAAUCCUUUAUUUGCAUGGCUCAUUUGCAUGUGUUGAGCCAAAGGGAAUAUGGAUUUACUACAACCCAUGCUACGAAAUUUUUUCUGGAUCUUCAUGCACCUGUACUUCAUCCUUUCAUGAUAUUAAGUUGUAAUUCUGAACGCUCAUUUUUUACACAAAGGGAACCACCCGAGCCUCUUCAAAUUGAGCAUGAAAUUCGUGAUAUCACGUACGAGGAAGCACUGGCUAGAUCUGAGCUAGCAACGCUGAUGGAAGUGGCAGAGGUUCAAACGGAACCUGAUGAAUAUGGUAUUUUUAUUCUAUCUCUUAGAUGUAGUUUCUCGGCUAUGUCUAUCUCAUGAUGAACCUCUACUUUGUCAUUGACUUAUAGUAAUUAUUUAUGCUUUUGCUAUCAGGAAAUCACUAUAUGAUUGUAGGAGCGAUGAAGGAUGUAAGUUGUUCAUGGGAAAGUGAGACAAGAUGCUAUGUUGAUCAUUUUGUUCUACAAGAUCCAUCGAUGAUGGUGGAAGCCAUUUUCACUUCUUCUGACCUUAGAAGAAUCGUUUCAGAGGUAGUAAGUCAUGAGGAAUUUGCUGCGACGGACAACUAUGUCGACUUGCUGACCUCUAUUCCUGGAAAUGAUUAUGAGAUUCUUCUUGAAGUUGGAGAUCGGAGUUAUGUGGCCAAUCGUUGUGAUUUGGUUGUGGUGAAGUUGUUUAAGGUUUAGGCUGCCUCACACCAUGCCACCACCACCAUUGUUGCAUUUUUAGGUUGUUACUUUCAAGCUGGGAACCAUUGUGUGCUUUUGUUUGCCGCAGAAUUAGGUGAAAUUAUGUUUGGUGUUUGCUUUGAAUCCACUUAUAGACAUUGUUGCUUUGGGUUUUCUCUAUUUCAAUGAUUGUUGUGGGUUGGCAUGAUAAUUGUUUUUUUACUAAAUCCCGAUGUUGUUAAAUUUGACAAGAUUACAGCUUCGAUUGUAGUUGAGGUAAGUAGUAACAUUACAAUAUUGUUAACUUAUGUUUAUAUAGGUGAAUUUUCCAUAAUUUUUUUGUAUGUUUAACUUAAAUCACCAGAAAAAUUGUAAGAACUAAAUAUUAUUUGCUGAAAAGUGGUUUUCGAAAAAUAAGAAAUUGAGGUAUCUGUA